AAGACAACUCUGCUGAGAAAAAGGCGUUUUCCGACGCAGAUCUGUCACAAUAUUUGUGUUCUGAAUAAUCAUAUUACUUUCGAGUCCUAUCAGGAUGAAAAUUUGAUGACAGCUUGGAAUAAUUUAUUAAGCUUUUCGUAGUUUAAUAUUCUAUAUCAUAGAACGAUAUCCAUGUUAUUUUUCCGUAGACUUUAUUGCAUUUUCACUCAAAAUACAAGAACAAUGUCUACGUUUGAAGCGUUAUCAUUUGACAACCUUGCGUUAAAAUUGCUGCCAAUUGAUCCAGAAAAAGACAAUUUUGCUCGCCAGGUACCGGGGGCAUGCUUUUCUCUCGUCAUGCCCGAGAAAGUUGAGAACCCCAAAAUGGUGGCUUAUUCUCCAAGUGCAAUGCGGCUAUUAGACCUGGAUGAUUCCCAGAUGAGGAGGGAAGACGCAGCAGAAUAUUUUGGUGGCAACAAACUCCUACCUGGAUCUAAGCCUGCUGCUCAUUGUUACUGUGGUCAUCAAUUUGGUUAUUUUUCUGGACAGCUUGGCGAUGGAGCUGCAAUGUAUUUAGGGGAGGUUGUCAACAAGGCAGGUGACAGGUGGGAGAUACAAGUGAAGGGGGCAGGUCCCACCCCAUAUUCCAGGCAGUCUGAUGGCAGAAAAGUCCUCCGCAGUACCAUCAGAGAGUUCUUGUGUAGUGAGGCUAUGCACCACCUAGGUAUCGCCACCACCAGAGCUGGAACAUGUGUUACCUCGGAUACCAGAGUGGUCAGGGAUAUCUUCUACAAUGGAAAUCCUAUUCAGGAAAGAUGCUCAGUGGUGCUGCGUAUAGCACCAACAUUCUUCAGGUUUGGGUCCUUUGAGAUUGUGCGUGGAACCUCUGCCGACACGGGACGUAAAGGGCCAAGUGAGGGCAACGAGCAGCUGCUCAGGCAGAUGCUGGACUAUUGCAUCAAGAAUUUCUAUCCUGAGAUCUGGUCAGCCCACCAGGACAGCAAGGAGGACUUGUACUUUGAGUUUUGGCGUGAGGUCACCCGGAGAACGGCCCGUCUGGUUGCAGACUGGCAGUGCGUUGGCUGGUGUCAUGGGGUGUUGAACACGGAUAACAUGAGCAUCAUGGGAAUCACCAUUGACUACGGGCCCUUUGGUUUCCAGGACCGAUACAAGCCUGACUUCAUAUGCAAUGCUUCAGAUGACGGAGGCCGCUACACAUACCAGAAGCAGCCAGAGAUCUGCAAGUGGAACUGCAAGAAGCUUGCCGAGGCCAUGAGAAUGGUUCUACCCGCAGCUCGAACAGAGCCCAACCUACAUCAGAUCUUCGAUGAGGCUUAUCAGGACGGCUAUACGAGCAAAAUGAGGAUGAAAUUUGGUUUGAUGAAGAGUAUUCCAGAAGACAAAGAUCUAGUGGAGUCCUUUUUCCAAACCAUGGAAAAGACUGGGGCAGAUUUCACCAACAGCUUCCGAUGUCUGAGUGGCAUCCCCUUGCCAAGCUCUUCAGAUUUUGUGAAACGAUUUGAAGAUGUGAAGGACUAUUUGUUAACUCAGUGUUGUACUGCUGAAGAGCUCAAAAAGGAAUAUAAGCCAAGAAUGGACCCAAGGCAGCUGCAGAUGUUCCUGCAGUUGAUGCAAACCAACCCAGGCGUAGUAUCUGCACUUGGACCCAGGUUUGCUGCAAUAUCUCAGGAACUUGAAAGAAUGGAAAAAAUGGAACUAUUGGAGUCAUUAACAGAUGAAAGUAAGCUGACAGAUGACAGAAAAUCGUGGGAGGAAUGGUUCACAAAGUACACAGACAGGCUUCGGCUGGAAGAGGAAGGCUGCAGUGACCUUGACCUGCUCAACAGUGAAAGGGUCAAGGUCAUGAAUCAAACAAACCCAAAGUAUAUUCUGCGUAAUUACAUCGCUCAGAAUGCUAUAGACACUGCAGAAAAGGGAGACUACUCCGAGGUGCGUAGAGUUCUCCGUCUGCUUGAAAACCCAUAUGAAGAGUCCGUCAAUCUAAGUGACCUCAGUAUUUCGUAUGCUCAAACAGUGACAGACGCUGAUGAACAGAUGUCAGGUGCAUCCUCUUUCAAUGUUGAUGCGGGCCAUGUGAGGGCUUCCUGUUCGUAUGAUAGCAGACCCCCAGAGUGGGCCUUGGCCUUGAGAGUCACAUGAUCUUCGUAAAUCCUCAACAAAGUGACAGCUAGGAGGUCGUCUGUGGGUCAAACUUAAUAAACUUGCUCUAACUUUAUGUUUAUAUAGGAAAGGAAGCAUUUUAUGGCAGUUGGAAUGAACUUUUUAAACUAAAUGUGAGGACGAGCCAUCAUUUUUUCAAGUUUUAUGUUUGAAAUGCAAUUAUCAUACCGGUAUGCUGUAAAACCAUUAAGAUUUGAAGACACAUAAAACUUCAUGGUUUUGUAAAAUAUGACAAUUUUUUGGGUACCUAAAUUUUGUGGAUUUCAAACUAUUAUUAAUUGGAUACCUAAAUUUGUGAUUUGUUCCAAUCCACGAAAUCCACAAAAAUUAGUGUUUCUAUGGAUAAUAAAGGUUUAUCAGUAUUAUAAUUAUUCUUCCCAUGAAAGCUAAAAGGUCAUAUUAGCAUAUGCAGAGAGAAUACCAAAGACCUAUAAAUAUUUUAUAGGUCUUAGAGAAUACUGAUAGACCGUACUGGCUCUCAAGGGUAUGAAUUAUGAAAGUUUUGAGCAUGAACAGUUUUAAAUAAGUUUAUAAAUGUUAACUCUACAUCAAGUAUUAUACAAUAGUAAUUAUUGCUAAACGUACCAUAUUUUACGCUAGAUGUAAUUUAAAUAAAAUAAAUGAGAAUUGUUAAAAUUUUGCAGGAACGUCUGUUGACCUAUGACUUGAACUCUAGUUGAAUUUUGUUGGGGCUUUGUAAAAUCUGCCUUUUCUGGACGAAAUCAGUGAAUGAAGUAUUGCUUUGUUACUUGAAGAAUACUUUGGAUCUAUUUGUAUGCUGAUUCUGCUUGAUGUUUGUUUUGUUGUAUUAAGAAGCUGAGUGGUUCUGUAGUUUUAAUAAAUGUAAGUAUAAUAAAUACUAGGUAUAUGUGUAUAGUUUAGUGCUCAAUUGUAAUAAAUGAAUAUUUCUAAUCAAUUUGUUAACAUUGCUCUGUAUGAUGUAGUUGUUAAGAACAAAUGUUAUUUAUCAACUGGUCAAUUUGUUAUGCUUUUGAACCAAGAUAAUACAUUAAACUGUUUUUGUCCAGAAAUGACAGGUUGUGGCUUUAUGCAGACUUUAGAGAACAGUACUGCAGUUUCACACAUUACUGUUUCUCCAUAGUCAGAAUGACGGAAUUGCAGGAAACUUGUAUUCAAGUUUGUGAUUUCUGAUAUGCAUUGGUUAUAAGCCAUCUUAUUAUUUAUAUUUUAUGUGAAGUUUGAUGAAUUACCCUGAUUUUGGUGUAAUAUAUACUUGUUUUUAUUGUUAUUGAUAUUGUCAUGAUAAGCAUAUUAUGAAUUUGUGUUCUGGGAACACAUUGUUGAUCGUCCAAUUAUCAAUGUUACUAAUUUGUACAUAAAUAAUAAUGCCUCAUGUAUAAAUGAGAGAAUGAUUAUGAUUAAGUGUUUAAAUAAUGUAUUGAUUUCAGAUGAAAUAGUUUCAUGUGCAGCCCUCAAAUUGUUUUCUGUAAGUUUGUGUGUAUAAAUGCAAUAUUCGUUAUAAAAUAUGUUGUAGCAUUGUAGCUCAAUGCAGAAUGCAUGGGCCUUUCGUGCCAACUGCAGGCCAAGGUAUCAAUUGAAAGUUACCUGUCUGUAUUUUGAGGUAAAAAUAUGAAGCACCCAUUUUUUAUAUUUUUAGUGUUUUUUUUCUGCUUAAUAUCCCGUAUUAUAUAUAUAUAUAUAUAUAUAUUCCUUUUAAUAGUAUUCUACACCUACUCUGCUCGAUGUGACAUUUUCCCAAUACAAAGUACUUAAUCAUUCUAGCUCAGUGUGCCGAGACCAGAAUGAGUCUUCUGUUUUUUUGUCACUGAUAUUAUUAGGUACUUAAUAUUCUGAUACGAGAAACUGUAUUCGCUAAUAGCGUGUUCGGUUUAUGCAUUGUACAAGUAGCGACAUCAUUCUUCUUUGUUUGUUUUAUGACUUAAAUUUAUUUACUAUUUCCAAAACCAAUAUAUGCACUGUCAUCUGUAAUAAACAUGUUAACCUUA